AUGGAGGCGGCAAAGGAUGAGAAACUGUUUCGAUGCUCUUGGAAUGGUGAUGUCUCGACAUUCCAGGACUAUGUGCGGCGAGUCCGGCUUGCCUUCAGCCGCACGAAGAAGAAGCAUCGAAAACAUCUUGCAGCAGACUUGGUGUCCCAGCUGACGGGACGUGCAUGGACGAUCACCCAAGAGAUCAGCCAUGAAAGGUUGGUCAAAGAAGAUGGCGCAAAGUACCUCGUCCAGUUCUUGGAAUCCCAUCUUGCUCGAGUUCCUGUGCCUGACGCUGGAGCUAAAGCAGAAGAGUUGUUAGUGAAGCUCCGUCGACCCUUCGGCAUGAGCAUGAGUACUUGGUGCGCCACCGUUCGUGAACACUACCGGCAACUCCAACGUGCCUUGAAGAGAGCAGCACCCCUCAAUCCUUCCGGAGAGAAGGAAACUACUCCUAAGAGGUCUCCAUCGGUGCCAUCAACAUCGUCUCCUCCGUCUCCGACCCGAUCAAGUCGAAAGACAUCCAAGAGGACAGUGCCUGAGCCAGAGGCACCCGAUGAAGAAGAAGACGAUGAAGACGAUAUGGACUUCGAGUACCCGGACUCGCCUGAUGGAGAUGACCCAGGAGAAGAGAGUGAUGCUCGUCGCCAAUGGCAUGGCCGAGGGCACAAGGAAAAGUCCCAAAGGCCGACGACAUUGAAAGAGGUCUUCGUGGCGCUGAGGAAGAACUUCGACUUCAUGAACGAGACCCCGAAGGAGGCGAACGAGUGGCUUGAAGAUGGUGCAGUGCAUUGGGUUGGCCAUGAUCUUUCGACCGUCUAUGCCUCGAUGGAUGAAGGGACGACUCGAACUCCAGAAGUCCAGAGCCGACCUGACAGCAAUGGUUUCUGGCAUCAAGAUGAAGACGGAGGCUACACCUUCUGGAGCAAAGCCACUGAUGGCGAAUACUACACCCAAGAUCAAGCCGGCACCUUUUGGGCUUGGUCCGACUUUGAAGAUGAUCAAGUGUGGUGGUCAGCCACGCCGGAACAGCAAAAGGAGAUCUCCGAGGCCUACGCCAACUAUGAAGGAAAGGUGAGGUCCUUUGCAGAAUCCCGUGCCCUUCUACGUCAGAAGAACUUGAGCAGAGGUUUCUACCCGAAGAAGGGCAAGGGCAAAGGAAAACCAUCGAGCUUCUCCAAGGGCAAGGGUGCAAAGUCGGCUCCAAUGCCCACUUUCGUUGUGGAGAGCCCCGGACCUUCGAAUGAUGUGUUUGCAACUUCCGGAACUCCAGGCAGUGCUGGCUACACCGGAUGCUUCGUGUGCAGAAGUAAAGGUCACACCUUCCGCAACUGUCCUUCUCGCUCAAACACCUCAUCUUCUUCAAAGGGUUCUGGGAAGAUCUUCAUGGUCGCUGAGGUUGAAGAGCCCUAUGAAUCUGAGAUCCCUGAAGUGAGCCCUAGAAUGGACAUCCCUCAGAUUCUUUCCUCUGAGGUCUUGCAGCCAGAACUUCAAGGGUAUGGUGUCCUUGACACUGGCGCCACGGAAUCAGUGAGUUCCUUAGCGGCCCUGGAGUUCAUCCACCUCAGGAGGACCGAGUUGCUUGGGCAUGGAAACCAUGUGACUGUGAUCCCAGGGCCUCAGAAGAUGUUUCGUUUUGGAAACGGUUCCCUUCAGUUCAGUGAAUCCUAUGUGCACCUGAAACAAACUGUUGGCCCUCAUGAGAUUGAUCUUGGCGUGUUCACGCUGGAUUCGAAAGGAGUGCCUUUGUUGAUCGGAGUUCGGACACUUGAGAGGCUAGGUGCGAUCAUAGAUGUUCACCAGAGUAUCCUGGUGUUGAAGACGGUGGAUCCACGACUGGUGAUCCCCUUGAGACGGUCUAGAACAGGCCAUUUACUGUUGGACUUGUGCUCGAAUUGGCUGGAUGGAGGGGCAAGAAUCCUCUUCAUGCAAGAUUCUGCUGAAGCUGACGCUGUUGAAGGUGAAAAGAUUUUCGUGAUUCAAGAGGAGUUUCCUGCAGUCUUGCUUCAUGAGAAGCAAAUGCUCGAGGUGACGAAUGCCGCUGGGACGUUCGAAGUGGAUGUCAACCGGUUCGACACCGACCGGAUGUGCGGCCCGGAUCACCGGGACCCCAGGCUCCUUGGGGAUCCUUGCCAAGGAACGCACGACCCAGCUCCUCCGGGUCGCGGCUCACCGACGGGCUCCAACGCCCAUGCAUACUGGGCGGCAUGCAAUCGAUGCCAACUCCGGCUCUUGUAUGUCCCCAGCUACGGAGCUCACGGCCUGACAAGAGCAGCAGGUCCGUUACCUUCGGACACGGCAGCCAAGGUGAAGGAGUUGGGAAACUCAGCGGCCUACAGCCCAGAGAUGCGCAACAAGAACGUGGGCCUGGACGCUGCCGAGAAUUCCUUGAUGAAGCGCUUGGAAGUCAUCCGGGCUCAGAAGGAGCAACAUCGUCAAGGCAAGCCGGAGACGAAACCAAAGGCCAAGGCAACUCAGGGCUACAUCAAGGAAGAGCCGCCGAGAGAUCCGGAAGUCAUGAGCCAGACGCCUGGUCGGAAGGCUCGCAAACCCGAAGAUGCAGCAGAGCUCCUGGAGUACCAGAACCGGAGCGAGAUCCAGUACAAGGCCGAAGAAACUUUGGAUCUUGGAGCAGUGCUUUCAAAGUAUGACAUCAUUCACAAGAAUGUGGACAUGGAUCCUCGCACUGUGCUCUUACAGAAUGACACGGUCCUUGAGAAUUUGGCCAUGGCAAUGAGCAGUGAUCUCCAACAGAAUGAGUUCGUCCCUGACAAUGACGACAUCGAGAAUGAGGUGCCUGACUAUCUGCUCGAACCUUUGAGGUACUAUGAGGCUCCGGGAGAGGAGCAGUUGACCGAUGAUGAGCACGGAUAUGGUCCAGAAAAGUUAGAAGAUUUGGCACCGGAAGACCAGAACUUCAUCGAGGAGACGCUGCAAGAGAAAAGGCUAGCUUUUGAGGAUUGUUUGGCAUCAUGCUCCUCACCAACGUCUCCUGAGAAGUUGGACCUCAUGGAACUCUGCUGUGAAGAGGAUAGCUUGAUCACCCGAACAUGGCGUUCCUCUGGAGGAAAGCCCGGUCGGAUGGGGUUGUUCAACCAGUGCAAUCUUCUCACAGACGCUGGAACCCAAGAGGCAAUUAGGUUGGUGCAACUUCAUCGACCCGAGAUUCUGUGGGUCGCCUUCCCGUGCGGCGCAACUUCACCUCUUCAGCAUCUCAACGAGCUCACCCCAGAAGGCCGAAAGCGCAGUCAGCGCCGAAAGGCCCGCUCACGUCGACUCAUCAAGAAUGGCAUCAAGGUGAUCGAAGCUCAGUUGAAUCAGGGCGGAGAGAUUGUUCAGGAAUGGCCACUUCACAAUGAGGCCUGGAAGUUUGACAUCGUGAAGGACCUGUGGAACGCCCUGAGUGAAGUUGGAAGAUGCGAAGAUGUUUUGCUGGACGGCUGCCAGUUUGGCCUGAAGUCGCCUCAGGGAGAAUUCAUGAAGAAGCCCUGGCGUUUGCGGUCAUCACGCCCGGGCCUGAUGACUUCAAUGGGACGCCGUUGUGAUGGCCGGCAUCCACACACCCCAGUGAUGGGAGGCGAUUUAGCAAAGAGGACAGCCUUGUACACUCCAGCUAUGUGCAGGGCAGCUUGCAGGUGUUUCAAUGAGUUCCUGAACCAGUCAAGAGUUUUUGGGGCACUUGAAGUGAAGAUUGACAGAGAAGGCCUCAAGACCCUCACUGAAAAAGAGCUCGCUCAUUUGGCUGAAACGGCCUUGAAACUUCAUCGCCUUUGUGGACACCCCGGAAGUCAUGCAUUGGUCCGCACUCUCGCGGCCAAAGGAGCUGAUGGGAAGCUGCUCGCCGUUGCCGAGCAGUUGAAAUGCAUGGAGUGCCUUGAGGGCACAAUGAAGAAGCCAUCGCCCAAGGUGUCUUUGGAGAAAGAGCAGAAGCUGUGGCGAACCCUCCAGAUCGACGCCUUCGUCCUUAAGAAAGGUGAUGCAGUACACCACUUCCUCCUGAUGCUGGAUGAGGCUUCGGGUUUCUCUGUGGUUCAUGAGAUGAUGUCGCACAGUGAUGAACAGCAUGAGAACAUCACAGCACAGGCCACUCUGGAUGCUUUAGUUCAAUGCUGGUUUCAAUAUUUUGGCACCCCAGCUUGCUUGCGAUGUGAUUUGGAAGGAGCUUUCAGAGGUGAUCUUUUGGAAUCUUUCUGCAAGAGCCGCGACAUAGAGCUUUCCUUCGUGCCUGCCGAACAUCAUGAAGCAACUGGAGAUGUAGAGCGAGCAAUCGGAGAACUGAAGAAGAAGAUGCUGGCAUACCUCCGGCAGGACAAUUCUGCUGAACCACGCCUUGCUGCGUACGAGAUGUGCGCUGCACAUAAUCGUUUUGCUCGCGUGAGUGGUUUUUCACCAAUUCAAUGGGCUUUUGGCCGAGAUCUUUCUGAUGAUCCUGGACUCGCGACUUUGAGCGCAGCUGGUGAUCCAACCUCAGAGAUGAACAAGAACCUUCAGCUAAGACUUGAUGCUGAGGCUCACUAUCGAAAGAUGCAGGCUAGGGCAAAGAUCUCUCAAAUCAGAGAGACUUCAGAUGAUUCCGAAGAAGAGCUCAUCCCUGUUCCAGAGGAGUCAAGACCUCUGAACCAGAGCGAGAUGCCGCCAGAAGAACGGGAGACGCCCAUGGACGUUCAACGUCUUCUACAUGAUCCGGCCUACAUGCCAAUGAAGAGGACUUCCACGGAAGACCUGGGGGCCAAGAGAAGUGAGUUUCUUCGAGCUCGGCAUCAGCAUGAGAUGGCAGACAGGCCAUUACACGUGAAGAAGCAACUAGAGUCUUCAGCCUCCUCCUCACAGGAUCCCAAGUCUCAGGAGACCCUCGGCUAUGUCGCAAGCCAUGUGGACGACUUUUUGAUCUCCGGAUCUCCUGACCAUCCCUUGUGGCAGAAGACAGUAGAAGCCUUUAAGGGAGCUUUUUCAUGGAGCCCAUGGGAAUCCACUCCGUUCACCCACUGUGGCAUUGGUGUGUCUCAAGAAGCUGAUUGGAGUUUUCGUCUGUCACACCACACCUUCGUGGAGGAACUUCGCCCCAUCGUCAUAGAUGACAAGAGUGAGAUGGUCACAGCUCAAGAAAUGAAUCAAGCUCGGGCUUUGCUGGGAGCAAUGCAAUGGCGCUCCAUCCAGACUGGACCUCAGCACUCUUCGAAAGUGUCUUGGCUUCAGAGCUCUCUUCCAAAAGGGGGUAAAGAUGUCCUGCACCAGAUCAACAAGUUGAGCAGAGAACUGCACCACCAGCGCUACCUGUCCGUGUCCACUCGACAACUGGGAGCCGAAUCUGUGGAUGACAUUGGAUUCGUGUGCUACACGGACGCUGCGGUGGCCAAUCGGCCGAACUUUGCAUCAACGGGCGGACACUUGGUGGGAAUGGUCCAUCGUGGAGAACCUUCAUCGCAUCCUUUCGUGAGGAUUGGAGAAAAGCAGAGCUACCGAGGACAAGAACGACUUUGA